AUGGGAUACGAAUACAACUACGCGUACACAGAUAACUACCAGACAUCUUCUCCAAGAGCCCGGGCAAGCCGAACCAGUGAUGAAAAUGAAGGUCGCGUCCUUCGGGUGCAGUGUAAGCCCGAUGACACAGUGCAGCUUGUUGGUGCCAAAUGGUACCUCCAAGCUACGAGGUCCAAAGAAUGA